AUGACAACCCCAACCCAAGAUCAGAUAAAAACCCUCGAACAAUCUCGCCAACGCCUCGUACAACUCACCCACUCCUUGGGUUCUCUAAUCACAAGUCUAAACCAAUCUGAUCCACUGCCAUCAUGGCCCUCCCUGCAAUCCCAAGCAAGCAUCAUCUCCUCAAACCUGCUCACGCUCUCAACACACCUCUCCGAAAACCACGAGCUACUCCGGAGCAUCUCCGCAUACCCCGCCCCCGAAUUCCCAACGAAGACCCACGCAAACACACUCGAGCAAUUGCUACGGACGAAGCUCGACCCAAGAGUCGAUGACUGGGUUUCGCGCGGACGAAAGGGGGAUGCGAAUGCGCUUGCGAGAUCGGGUAGUACCCCGUCUGGUGGCGGGGCUUCGUCGGCUAUUGUUGGUGGCUUCGGGAAUGGAGGUGCGGCGGGGUUGAGCGAGGGGGAUCUCGCGGCCUUGUGGGAGUGGGCGCCUGUUGAGGCGAAUAUGGAGGCGCGGAGAAGGGAUUGGGGAGGAGAUUUUACGUUGGAGGAGAGGGAGAGGGGAGUUCAGGGGCUUGCAGCGGAGCUGGGGCUUAGGAGGACGUUGGAGGAUGAUGAGGGGAGUAGUGAGGAGGAAGAGGAAGAGGAGCCGGAUGAGAUGGAGGUUGUUGGUGUGCGGAAGUCGAUCACUGGGAGUGGGAUUGAGUUUGAUAUUGCGCCUUCGGGGGCAGGCGCUGAAGCUGCCGCACAAGAGAAUGCCGGACCCUUGGUGCCGCUCGAUGAUAUCUUACGGUAUAUGACUACGGGAGUUCUCCCGGGUCAGCGGUGA